AUGGGGGUCUUUUGUUUCUUCUGAAUUAUUCUCCGCAGCGAGAUCUCUACUAUACUAUGGUGUCGCGAUCGUAAUGGGUAUACUUAGAAACCUUCUGACGGAUCAAAAGAGAGGGGUCUUUGGUGUUGCCGGAGAAAAAAGAGGGUACCUUUACAGUGUUGUUGGAAAGAUGGCGAGUGUGCGGGAGAUAAAGAUAGUGAGGAGCGAGAGCUUAGGGCAUCGAAGUGAGGUGUCGAGCCCGGAAGCUAAGGUAGGGAUGCGUGUGGAAGAUCUCUGGGAUGAGCAGAAGCCGCAGCUCAGCCCUAACGAGAAGCUCAACGCAUGCUUCGAGAGCAUCCCUGUCUCUGCUUUCCCUCUCUCCUCUCAUUCACAAGACAUCGAGUUAAGAUCAGACACAAGUUUGGCUGAAGCUGUUCAGACACUAUCGAAACUCAAGGUCUUGAGCGCUCCUGUUGUAGAUGUUGACGCGCCUGAAGACGCCAGCUGGAUUGACCGCUACAUCGGUAUUGUGGAGUUUCCAGGCAUUGUUGUCUGGCUUUUGCAUCAGUUGGACCCAACAUCUCCUAGGAGCCCUGCUGUUGCAGGUUCAGAUGGAGUUUCUCAUGACUUCGCCGCUGAUAUCCUGGAUAAUGGAGAUUCAGCUGUAACUUCUGGAAACUUCUUUGAGGUCCUUACUUCUUCAGAGCUAUACAAGAACACCAAGGUUCGAGAUAUCUCUGGAACAUUCAGAUGGGCACCCUUCCUUGCUCUGCAGAAAGACAACUCCUUUUUAACCAUGCUGUUACUUCUUUCCAAGUACAAAAUGAAGAGCAUCCCAGUGGUUGACCUAGGGGAAGCAAAGAUAGAGAACAUAAUCACACAGUCAGGAGUUAUCCAUAUGCUUGCAGAAUGCGUAGGGCUUCACUGGUUUGAGGAUUGGGGUCUCAAAACUCUCUCUGAAGUCGGUCUUCCCAUUAUGUCAAAGGACCAUAUCAUAAAGAUAUAUGAAGAUGAACCAGUUCUUCAGGCGUUCAAGCUGAUGAGGAGAAAGAGAAUCGGAGGCAUACCCGUCGUUGAAAGAAAAAGUGAGAAGCCAGUAGGCAACAUUAGCCUUAGAGAUGUCCACUUUCUCCUCAUUGCACCUGAGAUCUACCAUGACUACAGGUCAAUCACAACGAAGAACUUCUUAGUAGCGGUUAGAGAGCAUCUGGAGAAGCAUGGGGAUACAUCAGCACCUAUCCUGAGUGGUGUCAUCGCUUGCACUAAGAACCAUACGCUCAAGGAACUGAUUUUGAUGCUAGACGCAGAGAAGAUUCAUAGAAUGUAUGUGGUGGAUGAUUCAGGUAACCUUGAAGGACUCAUCACUCUCAGAGACAUCAUUGCAAGACUUGUACAUGAGCCGCCUGGCUAUUUUGGUGAUUUCUUUGACGGUGUUAUGCCUCUCCCUCAAAACUACCGAGUUUAAGCUUUCUUUGUGUAAAUUUGUCUUUGGUUUCGUAAUGCUGCUUCUCUCUAUCUGUUUGUGCGAAAGUCCUUGAAUUUGUGUUUAAACGUUCAAACAGGAAUAAUAAAUGAAGAAAGAGCUAAGUCUUUGAGUGAAUA